GCCACCAGCCCGAUGGCAAGGUCCACAGAGGUUUUUGUAACAUAACCCUUUAGAGAUUGGUUGUGCCAAAGGGCAGGGCCUUAUUAUACCUUCCACCACUUCCGCCCCCAGUUAGUUGUGAGGAGCAUGGGGACAGUGGUAAGAAGUGGGUCCAGGGUCCAGCUCUGGGUGGCCUGUCUGCUCCUGGCAUUCCCUGCUACAGCCACUGGGUCUGAGGUCACUCAACCUGAAGUGGACACCCCCCUGGGCCGCGUUCGAGGCCGGCAGGAGGGUGUGAAGGGCACAGACCGCCUUGUGAAUGUCUUUCUGGGCAUCCCGUUCGCCCAGGCACCUUUAGGAACUGGCCGAUUCUCAGCCCCGCGCCCAGCACAGUCCUGGGAGGGUGUGCGGGAUGCCAGUACUGCCCCUGCAAUGUGCCUGCAGGAUCUGCAGAGAAUGGACAACAGUAGAUUUGUGUUGAAUGGAAAGCACCGACUCUUCCCUAUUUCAGAGGACUGCCUGACCCUCAACAUCUACAGCCCAGCUGAGGCCACUGCGGGGACCAGACGGCCGGUCAUGGUAUGGAUCCAUGGAGGCUCUCUGUUGGCUGGAGCUGCCACCUCCCAAGACGGGUCAGCCCUAGCUGCCUACGGGGAUGUGGUAGUGGUCACAGUCCAGUACCGCCUGGGAUUCCUUGGCUUCCUCAGCACUGGGGAUGAGCAUGCGCCUGGCAACUGGGGCUUCCUAGAUGUGGUGGCUGCUCUGCGCUGGGUGCAGGGGAACAUCUCCCCCUUUGGAGGUGACCCCAACUCCGUCACCAUCUCAGGCAAUUCUGCUGGCUCCUGCAUCGUCUCUGCCCUGGUCCUGUCCCCACUGGCUGCAGGGCUCUUCCACAGAGCCAUAGCACAGAGCGGAAUCAUCACCAUGCCACUGAUCCUGGAUUCCAACCCACGGGUCCUGGCUCAGAACUUCGCAGACUCCAUGGGCUGCAGCUCUACCUCCUCGGCUGAAAUGUUACAGUGCCUUCGGCAGAUAACAAACGAGGAGCAGAUCCUUAACGUGAAGUUGAACACUACAGCUUCCUACACCAUUGAUGGUACCUUCUUUCCCAAGAACCCCAUGGAACUCUUGAAGGAGAGGCACUUCAACUCUGUGCCCUUCCUCGUGGGUGUCAACAAUGACGAGUUUGGCUGGCUCAUCCUCAGGGGCUGGGGUUUCCUGGAUAAGAUGGAACAGUUGAGCCUGGAGGAUAUAUUGGCCAUGGUGAGACCCUACUUGGCCAGUAUGGGUGUGCCCCCUGAGGUGAUGCCGAGCAUCAUAGAUGAAUACCUAGGCUCCGGUUCCAACGCAGAAGCCAAACGCAAUGCCUUCCAGGACAUUCUGGCUGACAUCAUGGUGAUCUUGCCCUCCUUGAAUUUCUCUAGAAACCUCCGAGAUUCUGGAGUCCCCGUCUUUUUCUAUGAGUUCCAGCAUCGACCCAGUUCUUUCAUGAAGUUCAAGCCAGAGUGGGUGAGGGCUGACCAUGGGGCUGAGAUAGCCUUCAUGUUCGGGGGUCCCUUCCUCACGGAUGAGAGCUCCCUGCUGGCCUUUCCAGAAGCCACAGAGGAGGAAAAGCCGCUGAGCCUCACCAUGAUGGCUCAGUGGACCCAAUUUGCCCGGACGGGGGACCCCAAUGGUGAGGGGCUGCCUCCAUGGCCCCCCUUCAACCAGUUGGAGCAAUAUCUGGAAAUCAGCCUGACACCACAAGUUGGCCAGAAGCUGAGAGAAGACCGAAUGCGGUUCUGGGAGGAGACGCUUCCUGUCAAGAUCGAGCAAUGGCAGCAGAUGCGGAAGGGCAGGAAGGCCCAGGGGGAGCUCUGAGGGGUGGCAGAGUCCCAGCAAAGCAGCGUCUUCCUCCCUCUGCUAAGAAACUUUAACUUAAACCAAGGUGAUGUAUACACAUGUCCCUUAGGAAUCAGCCUCUCCAUGACUGGAAAUGUGCUCUGUUGAAGUGUCACCAGCUUCCUACUGCAAGGCCUUUUGUACAAACUCCUCCCUCUUCCUGAAGCGCCUUUCCCUCUUGCUUCGCGGCCAGUCCCAGCUUCCCAGGAGACGCCCCCUCCUCCAAGAAGCCUUCCCUUCCUUCUCUGGGCCUGAGUUUGUGUCCAUUACAGCAUAGCCCAC